GAUAGUGCGCGCAAAAUGAAUAUUGGACUUUGCGGGCUUUUUGUUUUCAGCAAUAAAUCCGCAUGUUUGUAAAUCAUUUCGCAGGCAUUAUUGGUUAUUUUGAUUGUUAUAAAAUACUCCUCUUAAAAUCUUAUGGCAUCUGGAAAUUCUGUGAUGGUAUCAAAUCAAAUGAAUUCCUCACCAACUCCAAUCGUGGCAUCGGAAAGUUCAGGUCAAAAUAAUGCUUCGACCUCUGAGACUCCUCGUCAUCAUGGAAGCCUUCAUGGAGAGGCCCACCCCCCUCCUACGCAGCUUAUUAAGCUGAAUUCCUUAGCUGGUCCUUCAGUUGUUAGAAAGGAAAAACUCCAGACCUCUUCUCGUUUCGGUGCUCCCAAAAGCCGUGAGCUAAAUCCACUCCCAUUGAUUAAAGAUGCUGACAGUCAGGAGAACCGUGAAGACCUUUUCAUUCAAAAAUUGAAACAGUGUUCAGUAGUGUUUGAAUUUGCCCCUGAUUUAUUGAGUGAUCUCAAAGACAAGGAGGUGAAAAGAGCAGCAUUACAUGAAUUAACUGAAUACCUAACUGAGAAUUCUGGUAUAAUUACGGACUCUAUCUAUCCAGAAGUGGUGCGUAUGGUAGAAGCAAAUCUCUUUCGUACUCUACCACCACCGAGUAAUCCAUCUGGUGCAGAAUUUGAUCCUGAAGAGGAUGAGCCAACUUUAGAAGCUGCAUGGCCUCACUUACAGUUGGUAUAUGAAUUCCUUCUUCGUUUCAUUGAAUCGCCUAAUUUCCAGCCAAAUGUUGCUAAACGUUAUUUCGAUACUAAAUUUGUAUUACAGUUCUUAGAAUUAUUCGAUAGUGAAGAUCCGCGUGAACGUGAUCUUGUCAAAACAAUUCUUCAUCGUGUUUAUGGCAAAUUUCUUGGAUUACGUGCAUUUAUACGUAAACAGUUUGGUAAUAUAUUUUACAAAUUUAUUUAUGAAACAGAAACGCAUAAUGGUAUCGCAGAAUUGUUAGAGAUAUUAGGCAGUAUCAUCAAUGGAUUUGCAUUACCAUUGAAAGAAGAACACAAAGUAUUCCUCAUACGUGUACUCUUACCUUUGCAUAAAGUGAAAUCAGUCAGUUUAUAUCAUGCUCAAUUAGCCUAUUGUGUUAUACAAUUUCUAGAGAAGGAUCCAACACUUACUCAACAAGUUGUCCUAAGUUUGUUAAAAUUUUGGCCUAAAACGCAUAGCCCCAAGGAGGUGAUGUUUUUAAAUGAAUUGGAAGAAAUUCUUGAUGUUGUUGAUCCAUCAGAAUUUCGUAAAAUUAUUCGUCCACUUUUUACACAAUUAGCCAGAUGUGUAUCAUCUCCUCACUUUCAGGUUGCAGAACGUGCCCUGUACUUUUGGAGUAAUGACUACAUCCUUCAACUGAUGCAUGAUCAUGUUGAAGAAAUUUUACCAAUUAUGUUUCCUGCUUUAUAUCGAACAAAAGAGCACUGGAAUAAAACUAUUCACGGUCUUGUAUACAAUGCGCUGAAAUUAUUCAUGGAAAUGAAUCAGAAGCUAUUCGACACGUGUACACAACGAUAUAAAGAAGAAAGACUGAAAAUUCGUGAAGAUGCUAAGCGUCGUGAACGUGUAUGGGCAACAUUACAGGAAACUGCUAAAGGCAAUCCAUUAUACGCUGUUGUAAUGAAAGAGGCAGUUAGUCCAGAUCAACAACAACCAUCCAAUUCUACAACAACACCGAUGACAACAACGACAUCAUCACCCUCAUCAUCUCCUGCUGCUAUGGGUGAUUAUUGUGUAAAUAACGGAACUCCAUCGUGCAGCAGUAAUGCUGUGGACAAUGAUGAUAGCCAAACUGGUCAAGAUGAAGAUGUAAGCAGUUCUCUGAAGAAUCUUCAGCGUGAAGCCGAGGAUAAUCCGGGAAUUCGUGGCAUAAUCAAUGAUAGACGUCGUGAUAAGCUGUCAAUGAUUCAACGAAAAUCUGAACUUCCGCAUAGUCAGAGUACUCUUCGUGCUCUUGAACAACAUCGUCGUCCUGAUGAAUAUUUAAAAACUCAACCGGACAGUUAGAAUCAUUCAUGUAAUAAGCGACAACAACAAUGAUGAUGAAAUCAAUCAAUCAAUCACAGGAAUGAGAAUAAAAAGGAACAGGCACAUAAAAAAAGGGGCUAUGUGUUUUUUCUCCAUAGUAAUUCGCUUUAAUAUCAUCCCGGUCUCUUCGGUGUUAACAACACACACACAUUCACAUGUGCAUAUGCAUAUAUAUACACACAUCCGCAUUAUAAUAAUAUUAAUAAUUAUUAUUAUUACUAAUAUACUAUAUGUUUUAAAGAUUUAGUUUCUGAAGCGUAUAUAAUAAUAAUAAUAAGUAAUUAAAAACAUUCUAUUGCUGGUAGUGUAUCUCUGUUAUCACAAACACACACUCUCUCUCGCUGUCUCACUCACACUAGAGAAAUCAGUUCUCCUUGUUGGUUCACGUUCUCUUCUCUGAUCCUCAACCUGUUUCCUCCCGCCCACGCCACCCUCUUCCACCCUGCUUCUCUUCAUUUCGGAAAUUAAUCAAAAUCUCACUUUCCAUCAAUAUCUUUUUUCCCCACAGUUUAACAGGUUUUCUCUUGUUUAUUUCUUUCUGUGGAUGUCUUGUUGUUUAGUAUAUUUAGACAUUGGUGUGUUUGUAAAAACAACGUCAAAAAAUUUUCUCCGCUUGUCUGUUUUCCUGCUUGCUGACUCACACAUGACACUUGUGUACACAAUGGUUGUUCUUAUUUGUGUGUGUGUUUCAUUUGUUGUAUAUCGAUUACACAUCUUGAUGAUGCUGAUGAUGCUAAUGAUUGGCAAUAUUCAUAGGUCAACUGUAUUUUCGAUGUUGUAAAAAUACUACUACUAAUAAUAAUAACCAUAACAACUUGAAUAUUGAGCAGACUAGUUCGUAGCUGAAAUCAUCAUUCUUAGGGUUUUUCUCGUUAUCAUUUACACACACACACCUAUAUACUACUCACAGACUAAUUAAUCAUCAGUAGUACUUUUAGAGUUGUUUUUUUUGUCUUUAGUAUCUCUCUAAAUGUUCAUCGUUUUCUUUUCCUCCUGUUCAGUGUGUAAAUGUGUGGGUGUGUUUGUGCGCGCGCGUGUUCGUGAAUCCCUCGGUUAUUGUAUUGUGUGUGUGUCUGUGUGUGGGCGUGUCGGGGGGGUAUUUUGAUUACUACUACGACAUUUAUAUUAAUGUAUACAUCUACUAUACACAUCUUUAUCAGUAGGAGUGCUCUUUUACAAGGAUAAUAUUACAGCCCCACCCCACCCCCAAAACUCUUUGAGCAAUAUACAGUAUGAAAUAUGUGAAAGAAGUUUUUCCAAAAAUUUGAUUUCCCAUUUUGUUGUUGUUGUUUUCUUCUCCUCUUCUCCGAUUUGUCUGUCAUUUGACAGAACAUGGAUAGAUAGAUAGACAGACACACUUACAACGUAGACAUUCUUUGCAUAUUGUUACAAAAUCAAAGUUAGACACAUUUGGAAGCUAGUCACAUGUGGCAAAUUUUCAUUGCUUUUUGAUCCUUUUUGAUCUAUCCUUUCUUUCCUCGUGAUUGAUUGAUUGAUUGAUAAUUUCCCGUGUGUGUGUGUGUGUGUAUGUGUAUGACAACACUCUGUAACACUCCUUUUAUUAUUGCUAAUAUUUUGUUCUCAGGUCUCUAGUUCCUUCGUUCCUGAUAUCUGUGUGUCUGGUUUGUGUGUGUGUGUGUGUGUUACAGUACACCUGCUUCUUUGACAGCAGAGAUAUGUGAUCUCUUUUUUCAUCUUUGAUCUGCCAUGUUUUACUCCCUCUCCCUCUUUCUCUCUGGGCGCAUAGUUUAUCUUUUUUUAAUGUAGCAUUUUCUUCAUGUAUGUAUGUAUGUAUGUGUAGGAGUUUCUCCUGUUCUCUUUCUUUGUUCGAUAUCGUUUCUUUCUUCUGUGGUGGAAUACCAUUUCUCACUCUUUUUUUCACCUUCCUCGUGUUUAUUGUCAUGAUUAUUGUGUUCUACAGUGUUUGUGUGUGUGUGCGUGAAUGUACACAUUUACUUUCCCUUUUUUCUUUCAAUUCCUUCGUCUUCUUCCUCUUCAUUCCUACUUUCCAGUGAGAAAUAUUCAUUCACCACCUCAUAUACAUGUGUGUAUUAAUCAUUUGUAUUCAAAAAUAAACGAAAUAUAAAUACAUCUAUAUAUAUAUAUAUAUAUAUAUAUAUAUAUAUAUCUGCAUCUAUUUCCAUUUAUUUAUCUC